AUGACAAUCUCAGACUGCUGCAUCAAGGGCUUCUCGUGGCAAGGCACCCCCACUGGGCGCAUCGACAAACUUGCUGGUAACGAUGUCUACAUAUCGGGCGACAACGCCGAAGUCGCCAUCCUGUUUAUUUCUGACCUUUUCGGCUGGAAAUUUCCUAAUGUCCGUCUCCUUGCAGACCACUUUGCCCGCGAAGUUGGAGCAACAGUCUACGUACCGGAUUUCUUUGGCGGCGAGGUUCUAGACGUUGAUCUCAUUGCCGCAGAGAAAUUCGAUCAGCUCGAUCUUCCAGGGUUUCUGCAGCGAAAUGGCCGUGAGCAGCGCGAGUCCGAGAUUUUUGACUGUGCACGUACUUUGAGACAGCAGCAUGGAUAUAGAAAAGUUGGUGCUGUGGGAUACUGCUAUGGCGGGUGGGCGUCGCUUCGACUCGGGGCAAAGGAGCACGCAGCUGCGCCGCUGGUGGAUUGUAUUUCGGUUGGCCAUCCGUCACUUGUCAAGAAAAGCGAUAUUGCCGAACUCAAUGUUCCCGUGCAAGUACUGGCACCGGAAAUUGAUCCGGCUUUCUCCCCGGAACUCAAAUUGUAUACGUUUGAGACGUUGCAGCAGCUGAAUAUACCGUUCGAUUAUCAGAAUUUUCCAGGAGUCGUACAUGCUUGUUUUAUACGUGGCGAUGAGAACAAGCCUGGUGAAAGAGCCGCGAUGGAGAGAGGGAAAAAUGCGGCUGUUGGAUGGUUGAGACAGUUCUUGAAUUAG